AAAUCUCGAAAAUAUCUAAACUUAAUCUAACUUACAUUCCCACAUACAUUCAUGUACGUACAGUGCAUUUUUUUUUGUCAUUCACCAAUACUCAGUACGCCGGGGACACUCAUCAAAUAUCAUCUCAAAAUGCCAAAAUCAUUUGAGAGAACCCGCAAGGCCAUUGCCAAAAAGAAGGGUCCUAUCGAUUCUCUUCAUCAAUACUCGCGCGACUCCAAGAGGUUACAUCGAGCCCAAGUUCGAGAUGAGAAGUUAGAAAAAAUCGCAGCCUCAAGAAAGAAAAAUGACAAACCCUACCUUGAACGAGCCACCUUUUUUCAAGAGGCGCUGAGACAAAAUGAGGGCAAACCCUUACAGCAAGAUGUAAUCCAGGAGCUUAUUAAGACUUUCGUAUAUCAAUUUGAUGAAGAAUUAAACGAAGUAAAAAAGGCACGGCGACCCGGACGGCCUGCCAGUGCUAAGGAAGAUUUAUUGAAAGUGAAGAUUGACAAGCUUGAGAAGGAAUAUCAAAAUGGCUUCUUACUUCCGGUACUUGAUACUGAAGAAAAUGCGGCACUUUUUAAUCGCUGGGAAGGCUCUUGGUCUUAUUUAACCACUGUCCAUUGGGCGAGAAUUUCAUCUACUGGUACAGUACAGCCAUCGAGCUUCCCUCCGAGAGGAGAACAUUGAAAAAUCCCCUCGACGCUCACAUGCUUAACGCUUAACACCGAGAAUGUAUGUGAAACGGCUUUUCUGUAAACUCGGUUGAUACUUCUAUGUUUAUCAUAGAGCAGACGGGGCCUUACGUACGGAUGGGAAAGGUUUCCGAGACCUGACAAGGGGGUUUGGGCCUCUAAUUUUCAAGCCCACGGUUACCUACAGCAGUGGCGCACAUCCGCUCCAAACUCCACAACUCAAGCCACUUACGUCGG